GCCAUGGUGCACAAUCUCAUUGCUAAGAACAUGGCUUGAAUCGUUGAAUAUGUGGAUAAUCAUUCAUUGAAUCUGACGAUAAAUAACUGCUAAAUGUCUGCUUUUAUUCGUAGCAGUACAUUACCUUUGUUGAAAUACACCAGAACCCGUUUUUUGCAAUCACGACAAGGAUUUUACCUUGAGAUUAAGGCAAAUGGAAUUGUCAAUGCAACAAAAGAUUGUAGAAGCCCAUUUAUUUUUCUUCAGGUUCUAACAGUUGGCACAAAUAUGAUAGCGAUAUGGGGAGUUGAGUCACGUCUGUACUUGGCAAUCGAUGAAGAUGGUACAGUUUUCACGACGAAAGUCGAAAGCAAAGAGUGCGUUUUCAAAGAGUGUUUGACCAUGGAGUUUUUCAGUCAGUUUGAAACUUGUCAUAAAAACAACGACGAGCUUGCUUGGUUUCUUUCCAUCGAUUCAAAUGGGAAAAUAAAUGCCAAGCCCAAUUUAGAUGAAAAUUCAAGUGAUAGGAGCUUGGAUUUCGUUGUUAAAAUACCAGCUGAACGAGCUGAAUUUUGCCAGCAAUCAUCAGAAAGAAGACGUCGUCGGGAAGAAAAACAGCCGAUUUUUUCAAGAAAAGAUGCCUCUAAAUUUAAAGCUGAGAAAAUGACCUAUAGCCAAUAUGGAAAACUCAAAUCCUUUUCUAGUCAAACAGCAUCAGAAAAGAAAGCGUCGAUGUCUACCAGAGAUUCAUCAAGUGAAAGUCAAUUCAGUCAAUCAGAAAAAAGUUACUCUUUCACAGACUCAAUGGAAAUAGCUGGUUUUACAAGCGAUUCGUCCAUGGAAAGUCUCAAAUGAAUAUUUGAUAGAAUAUGUGAAGUAUAAAUUACACUUGCAGCAAUUCAUUCUCUAAAAGAUUCAAUGUUUUAGGAAACUAUUGCUGAAAAGUGCGCGAGAUUUGAAAAUUAACACCUACAUUGUGAUUAAUCAUCGUUCGGUUGCAUUGAUUCUGAAAUUUUUUUAAAGUGCUUGAUUUUCUUGGCUCAUACUUGAAAUAGUUCCUUAUUCUUGUAAGGUUUGCGUGGAAUUCUCAUUUGUUAUAGAAGGGGAAUAGCUACAUAUAGUCAUAUCUCUCUAUAGAAACCAAGCAAUCAUUUCAAUUGAUAAUGAGAUGUUAAGUAUUCAUUGUAUUUUUACGAUAGAAUGUCCGUAAACUUAGUUGUAGCAAAAUGAUAUUUAUUUCCUUCUCCACUCUCA